UUUGGGACAGUGGGAAAAAGAGAGGUAAGGGAGGAGGUGGGGAGGAGCGACGUGCUGUCUUGAAUUGAGCAGACGUGAGAACUGUAGUCAACGACGAUUUGGACAAUUUUUGUUCGACAACCGCCCGCCUGGCUGAGGUCGAUAUUGUGUCGAGCUCGUGUCGACUUUGAGACGUCUGUGGGGCUUAACCAGCUGCCGCCUACAAAGUCUCGCCAUUUCCCUGACAGCGCUGCGAGAGGACCGUGGGUGGCGGCGGUGGCUCCACCUAGUGGAAUGUUUACGGUAGUCGGUGUACGCCUGCCAGAGAGCCUGCCAGAUUCCUACCAACGCUUCUCUCACCGACUGAAGGUCUAGGGACUUUUUUCUGCCUCGGCAGACGUCUCCAGAAAGCGGUGACACGUUUGGACGAGGUGUUCUUGCAACUGGAUCAUAUUAUCCUCGCGACCUUAUGUAAAACCCACAGCCUGCGUCUUCUGCAUCAAGCCAGCCUCCUGUUGCCUGAGAAUGAUGUUCUAUGUGAUCGGGCUUUGCCGAGGGCUUUCACAGAGUUUGUAGCACAGUGAAAAAAAAAGCAUCAUCGCUAACGAAGUCUGACAUCUUCGCAGAUUUGCGGGUGGUACACCCCUAGUGUCAGAUCUGUGAAUGACAGCAAUGAAGUAUUUUUGUCUGAUGUUGGCGCGGCAGACGGACCGCGAGGAGAUCCGGCGCAGGCUGGCCAUGGGCACGGACGAGGAGUAUUAUGGGGGCGAGCGGACCUUCAAGAAGCCCUCGCUGUCGGCUCGCCUACAGGGCGGCAUGAACCUCCAGAUCUGCUUCGUCAACGACGCAGCUGCCUCUAGUGAGGACGGUGACAUCACACCCACGGCAGCGCCCUCUAGCAUCCCCGUCAUGGCCAGCACCAGCCAGAGCUACCACAACCUCAGCGCCGUCUCACCUGCUGCAGGGCCGAAGGUCAAAGGUCCGACGCCCAGGUGUACAGACACGCGGACAUCCAAGAACAGGCCUCUCUCUGAUCCGGGCAUCCUGGCAGCCCAGCUGUCCCUGCCGCCAUCAGCACAGGAGCACGAGAGCUUGCUGGAGCGUCAGCAGCGACUGCAGCAGGAAGCCAGAAUUGCACUUGCACAGGCCAGUAACAUGGCACGCAUGCAGCUUGAGGUGGAGAGGCAGACAAAGAAGAAGUCUCCUAUUGCUGAUAUAGUGGGGCUGCCAGAACUGGCAGAUGGUCGGACCAUUAAACUGUCAAGAAAGGUUUUGCUGGAAAUGAACCUGGCACAGCUGCAGGUCCUUGUCAAUGAUCUUCACACCCAGAUAGAGAGUCUUAAUGAGGUCACCUACUGAUUGAAAGAGACGACUUGCACAUGGAGCAGGACUCCAUGCUGGUGGAUAUAGAGGAUCUGACCAGCUUUGCCCAGCACAUGUCUGAAACCAACAACAACAAGGCAAACCUCAACAACAGGAACUCGGCUUUGUCCCACAGCAAGCAUUUUAACUGACAGCCAUCAUAUCAGUGCUACACAGCACUACCUUAUCAAAGACAGUAUGCACUUCACCAACCUUUUUGUUCUGUCUACAAGUGCAGAGAGUUGCUUAGAUGAAAGCGUGGUGGGUUGAGUCUUUAAACAGUCAUUGAGAGACGAGAACAAGUAAACUUUCUGUCAGUUGCAGAAAUCUGAUUUCUCGUGUGCUGGAGACCGUUUGUGCACCUAGAGCUAAGAUGGAUGGUGAUUUGUGUCCAUGGUUCAGGUGCUCACACACAAUGUUCUUACUUUCUACUGUGGUUCAUUGACAUCUCCUGGCUCACGCUUUGAAAACUGUGCUGACUGCUUACUUACUUGACGUGCUGGCAUGUUGUCUUCUUUGGUGAUGUAUUUUAUGUCCCUCAUGUACAGUGUAAUUGUUGUACCAUAGCAUCAGUGUGUAAAGUUAUCUUCUCUAUAGAUAUCUCAAAACUGUUUAACUUUAACCUCAUUAGUUUUAUUCCUAACACCACCACCCUUCAAUUGGCUUCUCCUUUACAUGAUGAUGAGCCACAUGUAUAAUAUUGAGCAAAACAAAAUGUCAUUAUCAUCCCAGUCAAACUGCCUGUUUCAUAAUUCAUUCUUGAAUAGUUGUACUGAACUAUACAGGAGUCUUUCCAUCUGUACCCAAACACGCACACACAGAUAAACACAAAGAAACGUAAAGGCUCAGAAUGAGCGAUUGACAAUGAAAAGCCAGAAGUUAGUCAAAAGAAUGAAUUAAAAUCCUCUGUAAUAAUUAGAAAGUACAUAUAAAAUCUUUUCUUGAAAUUAGAUAGGUUCAAAUUGACAUUUUCCUCCAAGAGAAAGUUACGUGUAAUACCUAAAAUCCUGGUUGUGUGAAAACCAUAAACAAUUUUGCACUAUAUUUUUGCUAGACAUGCUGCUUAAAUUGGAGACUCAUUUUAAAAUACAUCUGGAUCAGCAACAAAAAUGUUAGGCACCUGUGUUUUAGAUGUCAGUGUACUUGUUUGCACCAGCGAAGGCAUUCGAGUUUGUCCCCCUAUGUACGCCAGUUUGUAGGGCAAGAAUGUAGAAGAUCAUAUUUUUAGCUUUUUCACAAUUUAUUACAUUUAGGACAUAGUUUGAAAUAUGUGUAUGCGAGAACGGUUGGGAAAGUAUGUAUAAAUGUGGAUAAAACUAGACUAGAAAAUAUUUAUGAUUUCCAUUCCAAUAAUUAAGUUAGUGCAGAGCACAGUCAUCUCAACUGUGAAGUGUGCACAAAAUCUGUAAAUACUCUCAGCUAUUACCAGGACCUAUGGUGCAUUUUUCAUGUCUUUACCAGUCUUUGUAGUUUUAAUUUAAAACACGUGGCAUAUCCAGGUCACUUUGGUGAAAGGACAUAAUAUAUCUAACACUUUUGAACUGGAGACUCUGUGCACUUGGAGGGUAUGUGGGGGAGGAUGGGGUAUGGUUUUGUGAGGGUUGUGGGGGAGGGCUGUGUGAAAUAAGUUUGGGUGGUGUGGGAUGUAUGAAGUGGGGAAGGGGUAUUGUGGGGUGGUAGGUGGGGCUGGUAUUUGAGUUGCAGAGGUGUUGGGGAGGAGUGUAUGUGCAUGUGGGUGUGGGUGUCUAUACAAGGUUGUAUUUAUGUCAUUUUGCUCAGUAUUUUCCCACAGUAAUUUGUCAGUGGCAACAAGUGGUACUAGAGUGACAUUAUAAGUUGUUUUCACUGUGUUUGGAGAAUGUACAAACCAAUCUGUAAAGAGUGGAAGAUGUUUUUAAUGUCUGCAGUUCAUAACUUUAUUGUAUCCGUGAUCGUGCCAGAAAAGUUUAAAAAGCUGUAUCAUUUAAAAAAAAAUGUUUAGUGAGCAUGACACAAAAGCAAAUUUUUCUGUAUAUCUCUAGGGAAGAUUACAGCCCAUUUUAUAUAUAUCUACAAGUGUGUGAGAGAAAGAGAGAAAGGUAAUCAUCAAUAAAUAUAUAACAGCUUGAUGUAACUAGAACUUUACAUUAGGAAGGCACUGACUACAAACAUUAGCAAUGAUGUACCACUUCUUACCACACAUCUGCUAUAUUGAGAUGCAUCAACUGCUGUGUGUGAGAAAAAUAAAGCAUCCACUAGCUGAAUGCCAAACUGAUCAGAUCUGUGAUCUGGAAACAUAACUGUCAAAAUACGGAGGUUUGUGGUCAUGGAAUUAUGUCCAUCAAGUGUCAGAUGCUUUUGAAGGAGCAUACAUUCUCUUGCAGCCUGAUUUACUGAAAAUAUGCCCUUGUAAAAAAUAGAAACCCUUGUUUACAUCCUAAACAUUUGGUUUAAAGUCUUGGAGACAAUAGCUCGCUGCCAUUUAGUUCAUGGCCUUCGGAUUGUCAAAGAAGUCAGGCUAGGUGGUUCUGGAAAUAAUAGUAUUAAAAACAAAAAUCAAGUGGAUGAAGGGUUCUGGACACUGUCUGCAAAGAGUUGCAAUCUCUGGAAACAAAGUCUUCUUCAUACCAAAUAGAUUAGGGUUGUGACUACUGAAACACCUGGUGUCUGAUAUAUCUGGUCAUUGCUGGAAACAAAAACUGGAUUUCUUGAGGAAAUCAACUCUGUAACCAUGCAAAGAUCCAUACAGUGGACAAAGAAAAAAGAGUUUGGUGUAUUUUUAGCAGCUAAUUUUUUUUUUAUUUAGACUCCAAGCUUCUGCUUUCGACUGUGAAAAGAAGCAUAAAUGGGUUAACUUAGCUGGUAAAUCUGAUCACUUGGAUAGAAUACCAUUAUGGAAUAAUUGUAUGUAAUGUGGAUAUUAUAUGGUGUAAGGAUUGCAUAUUGAUGGCAUUGUUCUUGGAUAAUAUGUGUGAUUAGUUAAUAUUGACAUAGUGAAAACUAAGUUAUAGAUGAAUACUUUUUGGGGUCUUCACCAUCACAAUCCUUUACAAAAUGAAUAAGGAUUUUGGAAACAGAAAGAUCCCCUUUGUUCAUUAGAAUUUGUCCCUUAACUUUCCAUUUGGCCAGUGAGAUUUAUACAUGGGUUUAACAGGUCAGUAUAUUGUGAGUUAAAACAGAUUGCUUUUUAACAAAUCUUAAGGUAUUCAGCAGGACAGGCACUAACGCCACCAAUUACAGAAGUUUAGCCUGACCAAUGCAUGUGUCCAGGUUGGUCAAUAAGCUUUGAUCAGUGAUUUUUUAUCGGUCAUAUUGCUGUCAGGGUGUCUGGACAGACAGCAAGUAGGUUACAGUCUCGUCUGUGACUGAAUGCAGUUAAGUGGCAUUGAUCCUAAGUGUUCAAAAACACCAUUCACAAUUUCUACAUAUCGGUAGGGAAGCAAUUUCCUUGUUGCAACACACAAAUCACUUUGUUGCUGUUAGUAUUUUAUUGAAUAUGGUGUAUGCAUGAAGGUAUCAUUGAGAGAUUGUGAGCUCUUAAUAUUGUUGCUGGUGCGAGGCAGCUCAGUGCGAAGUGUCAUCAAAAUAUGGUUUCAAGUAGUUUUGUGUUUACACAAAAUUUUUCACCUGUAGCUGGUAGGUAUGAUGUGGUUGCUUUUAUGACCACUGGACCAAGCAAAGGAAAUGUAGUUCUUUUAACAGUCUGUAAAAUGAGACCAUAAUGAAAAAGGCACCACCCAAAAGGAAACUAGAAACAAUUGUAUGAGCUUAUAUUUCACACAUCGCUCAUCUUCAUCACUGGUUUUUUUUCCUUCCUUGCAAUGGUUUCACCAUGCAAGGAGUUAGACCCUAGUUCUUGAAAACCUAUAGAGGAAGUUGCUUGGUUAGCAGAAAGUCUGAAAGCAUCAUUUGAACGUUUGUGAUACAUUUUUGGAAAGCAUUGUCAUUGCUUAAACGGUAGCAUUUGCAUAGCAAAGUGUAUACAUGUUCUGGGCAUAUUCAGUUCAACUGGCCUCAUCCAAUCACUUGUUUGCAGCUUGUUAUAUACUCAGUUUUGCCAGGAGAAUUACCCAAUCUGUUUUAUGUGCGGAAUUCCAUAUUCACUAAAAAAAAUACUGUCACCAGU